GGGAAAAUAAACCCAAACAUCGCAAUCGCCUCCAAAGAGUUCAAGCAAAUAGUUAAUAGACAGAAAACCCAGGAGAAAUGUUUUAUGCGGAUAUAUAUCAAGAGUAAAACUGCCACACUGAUGACAGCCUAAUAAUGUGGUGUAGCCGCGACCGCUGAAAAUGUGGAAACAUUUUCAGGGAAUAGCUGCAAAAGUGAAUUCCCACAGUACUUCCGUCAGAUCAUUUGGAUGAAAAAACGGACACCCCCUGGUUCAUAGAUUAAAGAUGGUUCGCAGACUAUUUCAGUUAAAGCUACUAACAUGCUCCUGCCAUCGAAGACAAUAUGACAUUUGUGCCUUUGCAUUGGGAAUUCGGUUGGACGACACUCCGCUGUAGAGCGAAAGGUUUCGUGGCUGAGCGACUAUUUCUCACAUCCUGCUUUGUUUCUCGGUACUGUCUGUCGACGAUGUGACCGAAUCUACAGGCUGCAUUUACUGCUGGUAGUAACUUAAAAUUGGGCGGCGUGAGGAAAUAAACAGCAGGAUGGUGACUUGGUAAAAGAUCAUCGUGAAGCACACAGAAGCCAAAGGCCAUAAAAAGCCUGGCCUCGGUACCCUCACAGCCUACCUAGCACAUCUGCUGCAUAGAUGGAGCGGCUGCGCUGGGUGCAGCAAUGCUGUCGGCAGCUGCUAGCAGGAGACUCAAGGCGGGGUUGGUACUCUGAUGGGCUGCCCACCAGCAGCUUGCUGAACACCCACAGCCCUCGGGGGAGGGUCUGUGGGAAGCAGAGGACGGUAUUUCCCCGCAAUGGGCGUCACCAACAGGAUUAUGAACGUGUAUCCAGAAACUACAAAAGCAAUGCAAUCUCCACUACCAAAUACACCUUCCUGACUUUCAUUCCCAUGAAUCUGUUCGAGCAGUUUCACAGGGCUGCAAACCUCUAUUUCCUGUUCUUGACAUUGCUAAACUGGGUGCCAGUGGUUGAAGCCUUUCAGAAGGAAAUUACUAUGAUUCCUCUGCUGCUGGUUCUCAUAAUUAUCGCCAUCAAAGAUGCCCUUGAAGACUUCAGACGCUACUUGUUUGACAAGAAGGUUAACAACAAUGUAGUUCGAGUAUUCUGUGGCACACAGAAAUCCUACGUUGACCAGUGCUGGAAAAAUGUUCAAGUUGGGGACUUUGUUCAUUUGUCCUGUAAUGAAAUUAUCCCAGCUGACAUGUUGCUGCUGUAUUCCUCUGACCCUCAUGGGGUUUGUUACAUUGAAACUGCCAACCUAGAUGGGGAGACCAACCUGAAACAGAGACAAGUCGUUUCAGACUUCCCACUGCAGGGAGAAGAGUUCACUCCUGAGAGUUUCCACAGUCGUAUUGAGUGUGAGAACCCCAACAAUGACCUCAGCAGGUUUAGAGGUUACAUGGAGCACUCAAAUGGGGUUCGUGUAGGCCUCCAUAGUGGCAACCUGUUGCUCAGGAGCUGCACCAUACGCAACACUGAAACGGUGGUAGGCAUCGUAGUCUAUGCUGGUCAUGAGACUAAAGCCAUGAUGAACAACAGCGGGCCGAGGUAUAAGCGCAGUAAGCUGGAGAAGCACCUGAAUACAGACAUCCUUUGGUGUGUGGUCCUACUCUUCGUUAUGUGCCUGACUGCUGCUAUAGGCCACGGCCUCUGGAUGAACAGCUUUAAAGAAUCCAUCUUCCAGGUCGAUACUGAGACGCCUCCUGCCCUGGCUGGAUUCUAUAUAUUCUGGACUAUGGUCAUUGUGUUGCAGGUGCUGAUCCCAAUUUCUCUAUACGUGUCCAUUGAGAUUGUGAAACUAGGCCAGAUCUACUUCAUCCACAACGACCUAUCCUUGUACAACAAACAGCUGGACUCUAGGAUCCAGUGCCGUGCUCUCAACAUUACCGAGGACCUCGGUCAGAUUCAGUACCUGUUCUCUGAUAAAACAGGAACGCUGACAGAAAAUAAGAUGGUGUUUCGCCGCUGCAGUAUCUUUGGAGUUGAAUAUCCUCAUGAGGAAAAUGCUCGAAGGCUUGAGGUGUACGAAUCAGAAAACACCGAGACGGCUGUUUGCUCUGUGACUCUGAAGUCGGGCUACAGUGGGAAAUCUCUGAGCUGUCGCUCUCUCAGCUGCAAUCGCAGCUCUGUGUCUCUUCACACGCUUACUGCUGAGCCAAUGGAGGAGGAUCAACUGUCGGGUCACGUCCAGCCCAGGACCGGCGCCUUCUGCAGCCGCAUGGCAAAGGAGGUGGUACCAGACCCCGCACUUGGCAGGAAGCUGAACUGGCUGACAAACCACUCCUCAUCCGAGACUCCAUCCAGCAUGGAGCUCACCUACAUAACUGACUUCUUCCUGGCUCUGGCCAUCUGUAACAGUGUGGUGGUUUCUUCGCCCAACCAGCCUCGACAUGUGAUACCUGAAGAACGGACACCUCUAAAGUCUCUGGAAGAAGUUAAGUUGAUGUUUCAGCGUUUCAGUUUCUCUCCCUUCUCCGCUCUCUCCCCUUCCCAAAUCAAAGGCAGCCCUCACAGCUUAAAAAGCAGGCUAUUUAUUAGGGGGAAGAGAGGCUCUCUCACUCUCUCCACUCCCGUGAGCAACACCACAGACGUGUCAAGCUCAAGCCAGGAAAAUGACUCUAAACCAGACUUAUCUGCCAGAGAGGAGGAAGAACAAGAUGUGGAGGACCAAGAGACAGAGGAUGACUUAAAGGAUACACAGACAAACCCUGAUGAGGCAAGACAGAGCAUGCAAGACCUGACCAAACAAGUGGAAGAGAUAACCGAUGAGCUGGUGUAUGAGGCAGAGAGUCCAGAUGAGGCAGCUUUGGUCCAUGCAGCACGAGCAUACCGCUGUACCCUGAGGGGUCGCUCUGCAGAGAGCCUGCUCGUGGAUCUGCCAGGAAUCGGCUCCCUGGCUAUCCAGCUGCUCCACAUCCUGCCCUUUGACUCCAACAGGAAAAGGAUGUCCGUAGUGGUUCGCCACCCUCUGACGGGACAAGUGGUGGUUUUCACCAAGGGUGCGGACUCAGUCAUCAUGGACCUGGCUGAAAGCCCCACAGAUCAGACGGAGGUAUACAGUCACAUCAAAGAAAAAACCCAAAAACAUUUGGAUGCUUAUGCCAGAGAAGGCCUCCGCACACUCUGCAUCGCUAAAAAGGUUCUGAAGGAGGAUGAGUAUGACUUGUGGCUGAAAGCACACAUGCUGGCAGAGAGCAGCAUAGAGAACAGAGAGGAGCUUCUUCUGGAGUCAGCUCAGAGGCUUGAGACCAACCUCACUCUGUUGGGUAGUCACUGCAGCUCAGACUUAAAUCAUUCGAUAUCAGAGCUGAAAUACCAGCACUUAAAGCGUAUGCGUGUGUUUUCAGGUACCACAGGGAUUGUAGACAGACUCCAGGAGGAGGUUCCAGAGACCAUUGCUGCUCUUCAGAGGGCUGGGAUUAAAGUUUGGGUUCUCACUGGAGACAAACAGGAAACAGCCAUCAACAUCGCUUAUGCCUGCAAACUUCUAUGUGCCAGUGACAAACUGCUGACAGCUAACUGUGGAAGCAAGGAUGCUUGUGCAGCUUUAUUUGAGGAUCUCAUACUGGAAGUCCAGGGUGGUGAGAGUUUGACUGCCCUUACUGGAAAUGGGGAAUCCAUGUCCAGCAGCUUCAUUCUGGUCAUAGAUGGCCGGACGCUGGGUUGGGCCUUGGAGGACGAAUUGAGGAGCAACUUCCUGGAGCUGAGCCGGCGAUGCAAGGCAGUGAUCUGCUGCCGUUCCACUCCACUGCAGAAAAGCCAAGUGGUCCAGCUGAUCCGGGACCAUCUUGGUGUCAUGACCCUGGCUGUGGGUGAUGGAGCCAAUGAUGUAAGCAUGAUUCAGGUGGCUGAUGUGGGCAUUGGGAUAUCUGGACAGGAGGGAAUGCAGGCUGUGAUGUCCAGUGACUUUGCUAUUUCACGGUUUAAACACCUCAGCAAGCUGCUGCUGGUUCAUGGCCACUGGUGUUACUCUCGUCUUGCAAACAUGAUACAAUACUUCAUCUACAAGAAUGUGAUGUAUGUGAAUCUGCUGUUCUGGUAUCAGUUCUUCUGUGGUUUUUCUGGGAGUGUCAUGACCAACUCCUGGGUGCUCAUCCUCUUCAAUCUAAUCUUCACAUCAGCUCCUCCGCUCAUUUACGGCAUUCUCAACCAAGAUUUACCUGCUGACGCUCUGAUGGAGCUGCCCGAGCUCUACCAGGAUGCACAAACUUCCAAGACGUUUGUUCCAUACAUGUUCUGGAUCACGGUCCUGGAUGCUUUUUACCAAAGCCUCGUUUGCUUUUUUGUGCCUUACUUUGCAUACGCAGGAUCAGAUGUUGGGGUGCUGUCCUUUGGCUCACCGAUCAACGCAUCAGCACUUUUCAUUAUUCUGCUGCACCAAGUGAUCGAGAGCAACACGCUGACAUGGAUUCAUAUGGUCGUGUUGGUGCUCAGCUGCACUUCCUAUUUUGGUUUUGUACUGCUCCUCAGUGGCUUCUGUGUGACCUGCAGCCCCCCUGUCAACCCUCUGGGGAUUGAGUUACUCCAAAUGUCCCACUCUCUUUUCUACAUCACAUGUGUUCUCACUACUGUGGCAGCUCUGUUACCCAGGCUGUUUUUUCAAGCUUUAUGCAACACACUGCACCCAUCUACAGUUUUGAAAUCAGCUCACAUGGAUACAGUGGACUCUGAAAAUUACUGCAGGAGAAUGCAGCGCUGGAACAUGACCCACUCCAAAACCAACAGGCGCUCGGCGGGUGCCGACAACGCUGGCCUGGAGCCCAGCUUAGCGUGAGAGCUACGCACAUGCAGAGAGUUGCACUUGAUACCUCUACUGAUGCACAAUCUCCCCUGAGAAAAGUAUACCUGAAACUGAAGGAAAGGUUUCUGUUGAUGUGCCGCACUGAAGUGUACAUCACAGCCAGAACUGAAGUUUUGGUUCAGUAAAAGAUUUUGACUCCAAAGAACACUGAAUAUCAUUGGCUGCGUUUUGUAUGAAUGAGAAGUAUGCAUCUGCGAUUUUAUGAAUAAAGUAUGUGAAAGUAA